GCGGGGAGGGGGAGGAUGGCGGUUGCGGGCCGGGCUGCUCUCACCCGUUUCGUGUUAAAAGCCGCAGGGAGCGGCCGAAGCUGUAGUUCGAGAGUAAGGUUUUCUGACUGCGCUGGGUUCAAGUUAAACGCACAGGUUUUGGAGAGUGCUUUAAAUUUAGGAAGAGGACUCACUCUGACGUUAUUGACCUUCCUGGGUUAUAAGACUUACAGAAACAUUCCAGGAUCAUUAUUAGUUUAUGCUAAUCAAACAGUGGAAGAAAUUAUAGACCAGGCUGACUACCUUUAUGGCACUGGAGAGGUGACUAAGCUUUAUCACCUUCUUAUUGAACACAAGAACAGUACAAAUGGCGAGCUUCUGUGGCGCCUGGCUCGAGCAUCACGUGACUUGGCUCAAUUAAAAAGCACUACUCUGGAAAAGAAGCGGCAACUAACUUACGAAGCCUUGGAGUUUGCUGAAAAGGCACUGGAAGAAAACGAAUUGAGCUUUGCAGCUCAUAAGUGGUAUGCGAUAUGUAUCAGUGAUGUUGGAGACUAUGAGGGCAUCAAGGCAAAAAUUGCAAAUGCUUAUGUCAUUAAAGAACAUUUUCAGAAAGCCAUUGAACUUAAUCCCAAAGAUGCAACAUCAAUUCAUUUAAUGGGACUAUGGUGUUUCACAUUCUCUGAAAUGCCCUGGAUCCAACAAAAAAUAGCUGCUGCAUUCUUUGCCACCCCACCAAGCUCCAGUUAUGAAGAGGCUCUCCAGUAUUUUGACAAAGCAGAAGAAGGUGCUCCAGAGAUGAGUGUAGGGCCAGGGAGAUGGCAUCUGCCGUGGACCUGUUUCAGCGCUGAACCAAAUUUCUACAGUAAGAACUUACUAAUGUUGGGGAAAACUUACAUGAAAUUAAAAAAUGAGAAGCUGGCUUUGUUAUGGCUGACCAAAGCAAGGGAUUACCCUGCACGAAAUGAAGAAGACAAGCAGGUUCAAAAGGAAGCCACUGAAUUAUUGAAAUUAUUAAUAGGGUCAAGGACCUAGCUCUCAAGCCAGUCUUGUACAGCCCUCACUCAGUCACUGUGUGAUACGAUUAAUUUAAGUUAAUUGAUUUCUCAAACAUCAAUGAAAAGGAAUUUUAUUAGUUUAAUCACAAGAAUUUACACAAUUGUACAGCACUGAUACAGCAUUAACCAAAUAAAUAUGUAUAUUUGUGUAUCUUAAGUAGUGCUGCAAAUUUGUGAAUAUUGGUGCAGUAAAUAACUCAGCUAGCCAAAAAAAGAGUAAAGUAGAAUGGUCUGUGUUUAACUUCAACUGCAGAAUGUUACCAGUGCAUUUGAUAACCUAACAUUACCCCUUAAAAAUAUCAUAUUAUCUACUUCUUAUAGUGCAGGGAAGCUCUUUCAAUAGUAAGGCUUCCAAGAAAAGUUCAACAGAAUCCCAAAAUGACAAGAUGAAUCACCAGCAGGUUUACUAAGUGUUAAUCCAUCCUAUAUUUAUCAGUAGUUUUUAAAUUAUUCAGAACAUCGUGUGGUCUACAGCCACUUGGGUAACAGGAUAGCAAGCCUUCCAUUUACAACUAAAACAUAAAAGAUUAAAAAAAGAGAUCAAAAUAAAAUCGGGUGCCUAUUUUAUUAAGCUUUGUUUGCACAUAAUUACAAAUAAAAGUUUGACAUUUUUCAA